CGCAUAUGGUACAAGGCGUAUGGCCAAGAUAAGAAGUAACUAGAUGAGGACGUACGAUUGCCAACUCCGCGGCGAGUAUUCCACCGUCACUCUCGUGCAACUUCAGAAGUAGCUAUAAGUUACAGUGGACUGUCUGCUCUGCGCGGAUGUACUAUUACUACUAGGUAAGAUCAGUUGGGCGAUCGGGGAUUUACAGAUGUAGUGCAACCUUUCCGAAAAAACUCGAGUCUGGCAAUUCCUGGACUAUCCCAAACUGAGCGCUGAGCGCUCAAUGUGCGGGCAAAGUUGUAGAUCUGGCAGGUACUUCGGUCGCCGCAUCCGAGGCGGAUCCGCUCUUGCAACUGAGGUUUAUAAUGUGCGUCAAGUCGUGCCAUCUUCAUCACCCUAGUCAAGGAUGCUUGUUACUGUGCGAUCUGUGGGAUUGAAACUGUCCACUAAAGCCAAUCUUUUGGCCGUGUCGCAUGUUUUGCUUGCGCUAGGAGCGUUGUCUUCUCCGGCAGUCACCGUAUCACCCAUCGUCAAUUUAGGUUAUGCCCAGUACCAGGGAUCAGUUGACAUGGUGACAAACAUCACCAGCUUCCUUGGAAUACGCUACGCAGCUCCUCCAGUCGGCGACUUGAGAUGGGCAGCUCCGCAGCCUCCAUUGGCCGUCUCUGGGGUUCAACAAGCUACCACGCAACCAAACAGAUGCAAUAAAGCACCCACAGGCAACUCUUUGACAAAUCCGUUUGAAAGCACCUCUAUGAGGAAAAGGGCUAUUAGUCAAUCUGAAGACUGCUUAUUCUUGAAUGUAUACACUCCUGGAAGUAAAGUGGUGGCCACUCCGGGAGGAGGGCUGCCAGUUGUCGUUUUCAUUCAUGGUGGGGGGUAUAUUACAGGAGCUGCAAGCGUAUUCAAUGGCGCAGAUCUAAUUGUGGACUCGAAUCACGGUGUCAUCACUGUCUUAAUCCAGUACCGCCUCGGUUUAUUCGGUUUUCUUCCUGGGAAAGCAGUCAAGGAAGGGGGUGCACUCAAUGCUGGACUACAAUUAUGCAUUACAAUGGGUGCAGGCCUACCUUCGGUGGCGACCCCCGCGAAGGUCACAAUUUGGGGGGAGUCCGCUGGUGCCGGUUCAGUGCUACAACAUAUCGUUGCUCAUGGAGGAAACACGCAGCCUCCCCUCUUCGAAACCGCCAUGACGAGUUCUACGUUCUUACCAUCCCAAUACAACUAUAAUGACCGAAUUCCGGAGAUGUUGUAUAGUGAGGUCGUCAAUGGAACGAACUGUACCUCAAGUUCAGAUACCCUCUCUUGUUUGCGCGCUGCAGACGUCAAUACGCUGCAGACCUUGAACUAUAACAUCAAUGUCAACGGGUUCUUUGGCACGUUCGUAUUCGUCCCUGUUGUGGAUGGCACUUUCAUCUUGGAGAGGCCUACCGUGACGAUAAGGAAAGGUCGUUUGAAUGGCAAAUAUCUCCUCUCUAUGACCAAUUCGCAUGAGGGCAACGCUUUCGUCGACCAAUCGAUGACAUUGGAUGUUGCAGAUUAUGUCAAGACGCUUUUCCCGAAUUUCGGUUCUGCUCAAGUUGCUGGAGCGGUGACAAUGUACGAGAACUACGGAAGUAACCUUAACCAGGCAAAUCUUCAAUAUUCGUUUGCCCCACUUAUUAUCUCCUUUUGGCAUUUGGGAGAACGAGCUUGGAAAGGCGAGUUUGCAAUCCCGCCUGGCCUGCAUGGAAGUGAUGUUGCAUACUACUUCACCUCAUAUGGGGGUGGUCCUCCAUACAACAAUUCGCAGUUCAUCACUGCUUUCUCGAAUUCAUUCAUGGCUAUGGCCAUGUUCGAGACUCCUGACGACAGAUACACCCCGGGAGAUAUCACACCUUCCUGGACAUCUUGGCAAUAUGAUUUGACAGAGAUGAAGUUCAACGAGACAUUCGCGGGAGUGCCCGACAUUUACACUUUUAAGACUGAUAGCGCCUUGCUGGAGCGUUGCGCGUGA